AUGGGUUCUGCAGGACAGCUAAUGGAUACGGAGGUGACGGUUGGAGUACUGGCAUUGCAAGGCGCUUUCAACGAACACAUCCAGUUGCUGCGAGCGGCAGCUCAAAUUCUCGCCGGGAAAAACGGUGUCCAGAGGACGUGGACGUUUAAGGAGGUACGGACAGAGGCAGAACUGAAGUCAUGCGACGCCUUGAUCAUCCCGGGGGGAGAAAGCACAGCAAUAUCGCUGGUGGCUCAGAGGUGUAACAUGCUGGAACCGCUUCGAGAUUUCGUCAAGGUCUCGAGAAAGCCAACAUGGGGUACCUGUGCAGGUUUGAUCUUGCUCGCUGAAGCUGCGAACCAGACAAAGAAAGGCGGUCAAGAGCUGAUCGGCGGUCUUGAUGUGCGGGUCAAGCGCAAUCAUUUUGGGAGGCAGAUUGAGAGCUUCGAAGCGAAUCUUGAUCUCCCAUUCCUGCAAGAAGCAGAGUCCGAUCUAAGUCAGAAUAAGCCCUUCCGAGCUAUCUUCAUCAGGGCGCCCAUAGUGGAGAAGCUCUUGCCCCACGUGGCUGGAGCUCAGCAUGAAGAAGCCAAGCUCGACGGUACAAUCAUUGCGCCCUCGAGGGCGAUCGAUCAAACUGUGGCGAAGGCCGUCGACUUGGCAGACGUCGAGAUCAUGUGUUCGCUACCUGGGCGAACUACUGCCGUGAACAUGAAGACGAAAGAUAACUUAGACGCCGAGGCAGGCGACAUUGUAGCAGUCCGCCAAGCCAAUGUCUUUGGCACCAGCUUCCAUCCAGAACUGACAGGCGACCCAAGGAUACACAUUUGGUGGCUGGAGCAAGUUGCUAAGGCCGUUGACCAAAGGAGGGGUGCUUAA